AUAAAAAAGGAAAAAGAUUGCAUUUUUCAUGCUUCUCUUUUACUGUAUGUGCGAGGCAUCACCUACCACUGAUAAGUCCGUGCCUUCUUAUUAUCCCCACCACCGCCAUUUUAUAAAUCCCAGAAAGCCAUUGCUGCAACAAUUCUCUUGGAUGAUUUAUUGCCAUUAAGGGGCUUUCAAGGAGGGACUUCAAGGACGCAGAUACCCAUUUGGGCGUGGUGAAGACCCAGAAAGAUUGCGCUAUUUAUCUGGCACUCUUUAUGGCAAUGGAGAUGAUUUCUGUGCAUUUGAAUUGCUUCAUUCUGAAAUGGGUUUCUGGGAUUCGCCUAUAAGAAGGAAUCUGGAGUUCUAGAGUUGUGAUUUGUUGCCUUUUGAAAGUGGGUUGAAAGGGUUUCUGAAGGCUGAUCACAUUACUUACAGGUUUCUUGGUUGUCAAAAAUGGCAUCUGCUCUCAAACAAGAGCUAUUAAAGAAGACACAGAUAUUUCAUCUUAAGGUGUGGGUUGUAAUUGGGAUUUUUGUCGGGUUGUUCAUUGUAGUAAUCCUUUUGGUGUUAUCAUUUUGCCUUACUUCUCGAAAGAAAGCCAGAAGAGCUAACGGAGAGCUUCCUGUUAGCCAAAUCCCAACUGUGUCAAAAGAGAUAAGGGUCGAUCAGAACUCAGCAAACCAUUUUGUACCUCAUGAUGGUGAUUUCUUUUCCCUUCAUGAAAAAUUCAGUGAUAAGGAUUCAGAUAAGCUUCUGAAGCGUUCAAGUGUAGACAAGACAAAAAAUGCAGAUAAUAGCAGUCAAUCAGGCUCAUUCAAUCAUUUAGAGAAAGAUGGUGAUGGUGCUGAAGUGGGAGAAAAAGGGGUUAUUGUGCAACUUAAUGGAUCCAGACCUGCUCACGCCAUAACUGCCCCAUCCCCUCUAUCUGGGUUGCCAGAAUUUUCUCGUCUUGGUUGGGGUCAUUGGUUUACAUUACGGGACCUAGAAACCGCAACAAACAGAUUUUCAAAGGAAAAUGUUAUUGGUGAGGGUGGAUAUGGAGUUGUUUAUUGGGGCCAUCUGAUAAAUGGGACUCCCGUGGCUGUUAAGAGGCUCCUUAACAAUCUAGGACAAGCAGAGAAGGAGUUCAGGGUUGAAGUUGAGGCCAUUGGUCACGUGCGGCAUAAGAAUUUAGUUAGACUCUUGGGUUACUGUGUUGAAGGAACUCACAGGUUGUUAGUUUAUGAGUACGUUAACAAUGGUAAUUUAGAGCAAUGGCUUCAUGGAGCUAUGCGACAGCAUGGAUAUCUUACCUGGGAAGCCCGCAUGAAAGUUCUUCUUGGCACUGCUAGGGCGCUUGCCUACUUGCAUGAAGCAAUUGAACCAAAAGUGGUGCACCGAGACAUUAAAUCAAGCAAUAUACUGAUAGAUGAUGACUUCAAUGCUAAAAUUUCUGAUUUUGGUUUAGCCAAGUUGCUGGGUGCUGGAAAGAGUCAUAUUACAACCAGAGUAAUGGGUACCUUCGGAUAUGUAGCUCCAGAAUAUGCAAAUAGCGGCCUUCUAAAUGAGAAGAGUGAUGUUUACAGCUUUGGAGUUGUGCUAUUGGAAGCAAUUACAGGAAGAGAUCCUGUGGAUUAUGGCAGGCCAGCACAUGAGGUAAACCUGGUCGACUGGCUUAAAAUGAUGGUUGGCAGCAGGCGAUCAGAAGAAGUGGCUGACCCAACCAUCGAGACCAGGCCCUCUACUAGUGCCCUUAAGAGAUCCCUUUUGACUGCUCUGCGGUGCGUUGACCCUGAUGCUGACAAGAGACCAAUGAUGAGUCAAGUUGUCCGCAUGCUUGAAUCUGAGGAAUAUCCCAUACCACGAGAGGAUCGAAGACGAAGAAGAAACCAUGGCAGAACCACAGAAAGUGAAUCCCAAAAGGAAAGUUCUGACACAGACAAAAGUGAGAAGCCAAUCUUGAGGUCAGAUAGGCAAAGAAACCGCCAAGCAUAACAAAAGCAGGCAAGUUCUUACAGACUAUGAGCAGCAUAUGCGUACCCC